UCAGAAGAGAAAGCAGAGGGGGAGGAGCCACAGGACAUCCUGUAAUAAAAGCGCCUGAGGAGACGAGUCCUUCCAUCCUGAUCCUGGAGACGCACACAGACGCACUUCAGCCAGUCAGCAGCCUCCUUUAUUCUGCACCACUGUGAGCCAGCAGACACAAAACUCAAGCUAAUUAUCAUUGUUGCUUUGGCUGAAUACUGAAGAAGCGUGCCUGACCAGAGGGAAGACGCCAUAGAUCUGAUGAUGGUGGACCUAGUGGAAUCUCUGAACAGUGCAGAACUCUCUGACAGCUUUGAGGAGAAAGAUGAUACCAUUGUAUUACCAGAAAAUGUUCUGAGUCAACAAUAUGAAAAUCAGAUCCGCCCCUGUAUUGAUCUCAUUGACUCGCUCAGGGCGCUGGGGGUGGAGAAGGAUCUGGCCUUACCAGCGAUCGCAGUGAUUGGUGAUCAGAGUUCUGGGAAAAGUUCUGUACUGGAGGCUCUGUCCGGAGUGUGUCUCCCCAGAGGCAGUGGAAUCGUCACACGUUGUCCACUGGAACUCCAAUUGAAAAAGUCCCCGAAGGGUACAGAAUGGUCCUGCAAAAUAAAAUAUCUAGGCGAAUCCAUAGAUAUUGAAAGCCCAGCCGACGUGGAGGAUGAAGUCAGGAAGGCACAAAACUGCAUCGCUGGUGAAGGGAAUGGAAUCAACGAUGAACUGAUCACCCUGGAAGUUGUGUCUCCGGAUGUCCCUGACCUGACGCUGAUCGACCUGCCAGGAAUUACACGGGUCGCUUUACCUAAUCAGCCUGCAGAUAUCGGACGCCAGAUCAAGACGAUGAUUAAGAAGUACAUCACGAGACAGGAGACCAUUAAUUUAAUCGUGGUCCCCAGUAAUGUGGAUAUCGCAACCACUGAAGCUCUAGAAAUGGCAAAACAAGUGGAUCCCAGUGGAGAGCGGACACUAGGGAUCUUGACCAAACCGGAUCUGGUCGACAAGGGAGCAGAAUCGGAUAUUGUUGACGUGGUGAAGAACUUGUCCUUCCCGCUGAAGAAAGGCUACAUGAUCGUGAAGUGUCGCGGGCAGAGUGAAAUCCAGAGCAAACUUUCUCUGAAAAGUGCCAUGGAUAAUGAGAAAACGUUCUUUGAAGACCACGAAUAUUUCAGAACUCUUCUACAAGAAGGCAAUGCCACAAUCCCUGCACUGGCGAAGAGACUGACAGUGGAACUGGUAGAGCAUAUUAAUAGGACCUUGCCCAAUCUUGAAGAUCAAAUUCUAAUGAAACUAAAGGAAGCAGAAGAGCAGAUACAGAUUAUAGGCGCAGGAGUGCCUGAGACCCAUACAGAGAAACUGACCUAUCUCAUAGAGAAAAUCAAGAAGUUUUCUGAUGGAAUAACCCAAACAACAGAAGGCGAGGAGGACGUCAUCAAUGGGCAUCUGAAACUUUUCACCGACUUCCGAAAACAUUUCAAUAACUGGAAAGAAACUCUGGAAAAAUCCGUCAACAAAUUCCCCCAGGAAAUAAGAAAAGACGUUUACCUCUAUGAGACGCAACAUCGAGGCCGGGAACUGACGGGAUUCAUCAGUUUCCGAACAUUUGAAAAUAUUGCAAGGAAGCAAAUUCAGACUUUUGAACAUCCGGCGAUAUUACAGCUGAAGGAGAUUACAGAGCUCGUCCGAACGUCCUUCAAUAGAAUCGCCUUAAAGAACUUCUUGCAGUAUCAGAAUCUCUACAGAAGUGCCAAGGGGAAACUUGAAAACAUCUGUAGCGAGCAGCAGAAAAAGGCAGAAGAGGCGAUUCAGACUCAGUUCAAGAUGGAGAAAAUCAUUUACUGUCAGGACACCCUUUAUGGCGCAUCGCUGAAGGCGGCUCGAGAAGAAGCUGAAGAGGAGAAGGAGAAGGAGAAGAAGAAAUUUGGUACAACAACACAACCCAACCAGUUGCAGUUAUCAGUUGAAGAAAUGUCCUAUCACAUUGAGGCGUACUUCAAAAACGCUACAGCUCGGCUGGCCAAUCAAAUCCCUCUGAUCAUUCAGCACUAUAUCCUCUUUGAGAUUGCCCAACAGCUUCAGGCCCAGAUGUUGCACCUGCUCCAGGAUAGAGAGAACAUGGAUGUGUUGCUACAGGAAAAGGAGGAUAUGAGCAGAAUGAGGAAGAACAUACAGGACCGCAUUAAACGCCUGCACGCCGCUCAGCUACAGCUGGCCAGAUUCCCCAGCUAAAACACGGCUUUAUUAUUCCACUCAAGACCUUGGAUCGGGAUCACAGUAGGAAACCGCAUUCUAUUUGAAGCGGAGGUUCACCCAAACAACAUGUA